AUGGGUCACUUACCAGCUGAAAGAACGUGUCUCGAAUUUCCUUUCCUCAACACAGGUGUCGACUUUUGUGGGCCUAUCCUGAUAGCUGACCGCAAGGGACGCGGUUGUCGAUUACAAAAGGCCUAUAUUUGCGUUUUUAUCUGUUUCGCAGUCAAAGCCGUGCACCUGGAGCUUGUUACGGAUCUUACCAAGGAGGCGUUUUUAGCGGCACUCAAUCGUUUUAUAUCGCGGAGGGGUAAGCCUCAAAACAUGUAUUCCGACAAUGGCACAACCUUCGUAGGAGCCAGCAACGAACUUACUCGAUUCCUAAAGGCGAAUAAUAUCUACAUACAGGCCAAUUUAGCAGAAAUUAAUAUUAACUUUAACUUCAUACCAGCAUAUUCUCCCCAUUUUGGCGGUAUUUGGGAGGCGGCCGUCAAAUCGGUAAAAACUCUUUUACGUCGCGUUUUAAACUUAACACAUCUAGUUUAUGAAGAACUUUCCACCUGUUUGUUUCAGAUAGAGGCAAUUCUGAAUUCUAGACCUCUCACACCUUUAUCCACAGAUCCUUCCGACCUUACCUUUUUGUCGCCAGCCCAUUUCCUCAUUGGACGGUCACUCAUGUCAGUACCAUAUCCUUCACUUGAAGAUGCUAAUAUUAAUCGCAUUCAACGAUUUCAGAGAAUUGAAAAGCUUAGACAGCAUUUUUGGAGGCGAUAUUCACAGGAAUAUAUAUUUCAACUACAGCAGAAAACUAAAUGGCAUGCUUCAUCUGGCGAACUGAAGAUAGGUGAUCUGGUUUUGGUCAGGGACCAAAAUGCACCGCCUCUGCUAUGGCUCUUGGGACGGAUCACAAAACUAUCAAGGGGCAGUGACGGAGUAUCCAGAGUUGCUGAAAUACGAACAAAGAAGGGACUUAUUGUUCGAAGUUUUAACAACCUCUGUCCCCUUCCACUCAAUCAGUCUUGA